AUGUACAUACUGUACAUUAACUCCACCACCAUUAUGACUACUGACGACGAAACCGGUACUCCGAACCUGGCCAGCCUGUUGGAGGGCCUCAGCAAGCUGGAGAUUGAUAAUCUGGCCCGUGAGGACGAUGAUGGAAGCUCUGGCAACGACGAUCUGUUUGUGACUUUGCUCCAGUUGGUGGAUGACUAUGAACAUCUGACCAGGGACAUGUGCGAAGAGCUCAAGCAGGGCCACUUGGACGUUGCAAAGACCAACUACGACAAUUUCAUGGCCGCUUCGACCUUUAAUUCUCGAAUAUCGAGGUUUAGCUAUGAUGAGCGGCCCCAAUGCGCCCAGAUCACGGUGUCACAUGCCAGUGAGAAAUUCACGAUACACAGCAAGAAGGAGGAGAAGGGAGCGAAAACAGAUCCCAUCAGGAUGUUUGGUAUCAUGCCACCAUACACGCUUCGUAUAGCACAGGGCCACUUCCAGAGUGCUGUUGAUAAAAUGGUUGAACUUGCAAAUGUCAAAAGUAGACUGGAAGCUUUGGAGAACAAGAUCAAGCCUACCGAAAAGGAUGAAGAGAAAGAUCCUACAACUGGGGACGUGACUACCGCCACCGCCACAAAAACUGAGGUUGCCGCUGUCGCAGCCUCUUGA